CUCAGCAGCGGACGAGUGCACACUAGAGCGACGCUGGAAAUACGUGCGCCUGCUUUAAAGAGACACACGGGACAAAAGAGCAUCUUUACAAAAACACGAUCUAUUUAACGUUAAAAAGCCAUGGCCGAGCACAUGAUGAUGCCUUUGACCCACGGCUCUGCUGGCGGAGGCCUGCAUGGGUAUCGCAUGGGAAUGAAUGGCCCCUCUCCACAUGGACCCCAGCCCGGUCUACGGACGCUACCCAACGGGCAGCUCAUGCACUAUGGCAGGGGCCCCCAAAGCUCUAUGGAAGCAGCUAUGAGGCAGAGGAAUGCGAUGAAUGGCAUCAUGAAUGGUCAGGUCAAUGGCCAGAUGGGUGGUGGACACCCCCACCAAAUGCAGCAGGCCAAUAUGAUGUAUGGAGGUCCAAAUCAACCUCAAGCACAGCACCAUCAUAUGCAUCCGCAGAACCAGCACCCACAGCAGUAUAUGGGUGGUGGAGGCCUUACAGCAUCUCAACAACUUAUGGCGAGCAUGCAUCUACAGAAACUCAAUACUCACUACCACGGGAACCCACAUGGCCCAGUCAAUGGGCAUCACAUGGGAAAUGGGGUCCAGCACAGAAUGGGCCAUGCCCAGUUGGCGGGGGUGCAAAUGGGCAUGGGUGGCCCAGCUUUGGGCCUCAACUUCAUGGACAUGGACUUGAUUGACGAGGAGGUUCUGACGUCCCUGGUGCUAGAGCUCGGGUUGGACCGCGUUCAAGAGCUGCCUGAGCUCUUCCUAGGACAAAACGAGUUUGACUUUAUCACAGACUUUGUGUGCAAGCAGCACCCAAGUACUGUCAGCUGCUGAGAAGACAAUCAGAAGUUCUACUUCUGGUCCUUCAGGCUUGGUCACCAAUAAAACUUUGAAACAACAUAAGAAAAGCUAAAAUAUUCCAGGUUAUGCGUUACUAUGUGUGUCUGUGAAGUUGUGCUAUGCAUAUCGUAGUGCACACUUAAUCUGUUUGCUUUCAAUUAAUGGUUGAGUUAAAUUCUUGCCAAGAAUUCUGAUGGUCUUUACUCUUUUAAAAACUGGCCACUGUGAUUUGCCAGUUGAAGUAUGGCUUUGGUAAGCAGGCCUUGUCUUUUCCCAAUAGUCCUGCUGGGCUGAUGUUGAUCAACUGCCCCAGAGUUGAAUGUAACUUCACAUGGUGGAAAAAGAAGUCUGCUUGGAUCAAUGCAGGAACUGCUUUGCCUCCUUGGGGGCGACUAGAAUCUAUAGCAUUUAGAAAUGUAUUUAUGUAUGACACCUACCAAAAAGCAGACGUGAUCUGUGGUGAUGGAGAAACCUGCCUUUCUCAAACUAAUCCCAAGACUUGCGAUAUAAAAAAGAUUGACUGAAUGUGUUAUCUGGGUAUUGAAGGCUGGUACUUCAAAACUGGUGGAGCUGCUUUUCCAGUAGCUCUUAAUGUUAUUUGAAUUAGUGAGGUGGUAAGGAUUUGGUAUGAAACAUUCUUUUUACACAGUGUUUCACUGUUCAUUUCCUGUCUAGAACCUUUCAUAAUCUAUAGCAAAAAUUAUACAGUCACAUUCAGCACACUUAUCUCUGCUACUUUUAACAGAAUAAGGGGUCGUUCACACAGCAUACA